AUCAGCCUCUCUACUUUGCACAAGUCCGACUACUCAUUAACAUACUACCAGCAUGUCGUACAACGGAAAGCCGGCUGAGCUGUUCUGGAAGCCCGGGGACGCAAGGCCCCAUGCGGUGAGUCGCUCGUCGGCGGAGGCAUCGGUGGGAGUGUGGAGCUUGGGGUCAGAAGGGCAACAGAAAUACGAAGUCGCGCGACCAGGUGUGUGCGCAGUACAAGGGCUAGAGUGCACCAUCUGUGAACAGGAAUCCGAGGGGAGGUACUGGCACAGUCGUGUCGAGGUUAAAAGUGGGCGCGGAGUACAUAAACUCCACCGGCUACUACCGGCAAGCAUGCAGCGGUGACUACCUGCUCCGGCGAGCGUGCCAAGUGUGGGGGAGGACGAAGAGCCGUUCAUGAACAAGUUCCGCAAGGCGGCCAACGAGCGCUACGGUCUGAACCUGAAAGACUACUGGGAGUUUCACGCGUGGAGCAUCAAGGAGCACGCCAAGUUUAUGGACUUGGCAUGGGACUACCUCGGCAUCAUUGGCGAGCGCGGCGAUGGCCCCGCCUUCAUUCCCGGGACGCCCAUGGACCAGGAGCAGCCUUACUUCCCCACGGCGCGGAUCAACGUCGCGGAGAACCUUUUGCUUGGGCACAAGUCGGCGCUUAGCAAGACCAAAUACGCGAUGAUUGCGACUGUUGAGGGUGACCCGGAAACCGGCAGCAAGGAGCCAAAGGAGACACGCCGCAUCUCGUAUUACGAGCUGUACCACGAGGUGCGGAAGGCGUCUCACGCGCUGCGCAAGAUGGGCGUCAAGCCUGGAGAGAGCGUCGUGAGCUUUGCAGCGACCAACUGUGAGAUGCUCGUCGUUUUCAUGGCGACCGUGGCGAUUGGAGCCAUUUUCUCGUCCACUCCUGCGGAGUUCGGUGUCAACGCCGUUCUCGACCGCUACGACAUCAUUAAGCCGCGUGUGCUCUUUACGAUCGACGCGUACCGCUACAACGGCAAGAGGCACGAUGUGACGGAGCGCGCCCGCGAGGUCGUCCGCCGUCUCGGCAGCAUUGAGCACGUCAUCUGCAUUGGCCAUCUGGACGAGAGCCGCGAGCCCUCCCUCGACGCGCUUAAGGGGUAUCCCGACGGGCCAGCGAUCCACACUUGGCACGGUUUUAUGGGACAGGGCAACAACGCGCCCAAGGAGAUUGACUUUGCCCGUGUGCCCUUCAACCAUCCUAUGUGGAUCGUCUUCUCGUCCGGCACGACCGGCAAGCCUAAGUCUAUUAUGGGCCCCGGUGGCGGCGUCAUGCUCAUGCGCAAGCUCGUGUACACGGUGCAUUUCAACAUGGACCACCGCGACAGCUACUUGCAAUUCGCGACCAUGGGGUGGAUCGUCUGGAACAUGCACAUCAUGUGGACGACGAUCGGCGGCACGGUUGUCGCCUACGAUGGCUCGCCUUUCUACCCUGAGGAGGUGUUGUGGCGCCUCAUUGAGAAGUACAAGGUGACGCAGCUCGGCGCGUCCCCCCGCUACCUCCAGACGCUGGACAAGAACGGCUUUAAGCCCAGCGGCGGACGCGACGUCUCCUCGCUCGCGCAGAUCUACACAACAGGCGCACCCGUCACUCCGACCGUUUACGAAUACAUCAAGCGCGAGAUCCCGUGGGUGUUCCUGAACAAUGCGUCUGGCGGUACCGAGCUGGGCGGAAGCGCUCUCCAGUCCAACCACACCAUGCCUAUGUACAAGGGCGAGCUGAUGGGCCCUGUUCUCGGCGUUGACGUGAUCGCGGCCGCCCCAGACGGGCGCGCAUUGGAGGGCGAGGAGGGUACGAUGGUGUUCCGCUCCCCCUUCCCGAACAUGCCCUAUGAGUUUGCCGGCGAACGGAAGGCUUCGCGCGAGCGUUACGUUGAGACAUACUUCUCCGACUGGACGAACCCACCCAUGUUUAACAUGAACGACAGUGUCUACGUCAACCCCCAAACCAAGGGCUGGAACGUGCUCGGUCGCGCGGACGGUGUGCUCAACCCUUCAGGUGUCCGAUUCGGCUCCAGCGAGCUGUACUACAUCAUCGAGAAGGACUUCGGCAACGACAUCGAGGAUUCCAUUGCCGUUGGUCAAAAGAUGGGCGACGACGAGCGCGUUAUCCUCUUUGUCAAGAUGAUCGGGGAUAAGGCCCUUACGCCUGAAGUUACCAACCGCCUCAAGAAGGCCAUUGCCACUGCUCUUUCCCGCCGCCACGUUCCAGAGAUCAUUGCGCAGUGCCCAGGCGUUCCCGUCACUGCUACCGGCAAGAAGCUCGAGCCGUCCGUCAAGAAGAUUGUCAACGGGGUCUCGCUCGCCAAGAUCAACCGCACGGGAGUGUCAAACCCCGAGCUGUACCCAUGGUACGAGGCGUGGACAGCCGCGCACUCGGGCAAGAAGCAGGCCCGGCUGUAGAGAAAGCGAGCACAGGUUGCAGCGACAUUAGAAGUCUCGACUGCAUGCAGGCUGUAGAGUUAGCAAGACAUGGGUCAGCGUAGAAGAGGAGAGCAACCAAGAGUGUGCUUAGUUUGUGCCCCGAAACGAGGGGAAGUAAGACAUUGGGAGUCGAGAAGUGAGACAGAAGUGCCGAUCCUCAUCAGCUGCACGGUAUGCCAG